UGUUUUGAAUGUUUUGUGCAUAUCUGUGUAGAUUUGCAAAACGAGUUGAAUCCUGUUUAAAAUUCAAUUCAAUUUAUUUAUAAUUUGUAUAUUUUUCAACAACAAAUUGUAUUAUUUUGUGUGUUCCAGGUUCUUGUAUUUUUUUUUGCGAUCUAUGCGGCCGGUGAGCAGCAGAUAAAUGUCACUUAACUUAUUAUCAAUAUUAAUGUAUUUUUCUGUUUGGCGGAUCUUAGGUUUUAGAAAUUAUAGCAUUAAGCAAUGGCUGAUUUACCGUAUCAAGCCGAAUAUGCAAAAUCUGGGAGAGCAGCUUGUAAAGCAUGUAAACAAAAAAUUGAUCAAGGAACUCUACGUAUAGCUAUAAUGGUUCAGUCAGCCUUUCAUGAUGGCAAACAGCCAAAUUGGCACCAUGAAGACUGUUUCUUUAAGAAGAAAUCUCCAGGUAGCAUUGCUGAAAUUGCUAACUUCAACAAACUGAAACAUGAUGAUCAAACAAGAAUAAAAAACCAGUUAGGAAAUCCAUCAGGUAUAGUAAUGCCUGCUGAGAAGGGUAAAAAAGGUAAAGCAUCAAAAAGGGAGAACAGUGAAAAGGCAGCACUCUCUAAUUAUUCGAUUGAAUAUGCCAAAUCAAGCCGUGCAACCUGUAAACAUUGUGAUAUUAAAAUUUGUAAGGAUGAAGUAAGAGUAUCAAAACUUGGUUAUGAUCCUAAGUAUGGGGAUCACCCAAUGUGGCACCAUGUUAAUUGUUUUGCUGAAAAGAAGAAUGAGUUCUUGUUCCUUGCCGGUGGAGAGGACAUUCCAGGGUUCAAGACUCUCAGCAAAGAUGACCAGCAAAUGGUUAAGGAUGCAAUAAAGGCGAGUGCACCUGAUGAUAUGCCGGUAAAAAAACUAAAACUGGAACCAAAAGAUGAAGUUGAUGCCAAACAAGAGAAAGAUUUGCAGAAGAAAAUUGAAAAGCAAAAUAAAACAUUCCACAAAUUUCGAAAUGGACUUAGUGAUAUAUCCAAACAAGAAAUUGAGGAUUUACUUGAAGAAAAUUCUCAAGAAAUUCCCAAGGGCCGAGACGAGUGUCUGGACCAUUUAGCUGAUAUAUUAACGUUUGGCGCUCCUAAACCCUGUCCUGAUUGUAAGAAUGGCCAACUGGUUUUGGAUACAUUUUCUUACAAAUGUACAGGUAACUUGAGUGAAUGGUCUAAAUGUAGAUACACGACAAAAACACCUAAACGGAAGCAAGUGAAGAUUCCUAAAUCGCUUAAAGAUGUUCCAGUUUUGAAAAAUUACAAAGUUAAAUGUAGCGAUAGAGUGUUUGAGGUCGAACCUCCACCCACCUUGGUUGUAGUGAAGAAAGAGGAAUCUCAGAGCUCUGUGUCACAACUCCCCAUACCACCACUGAAGAAUCUGCAGUUUUUCAUUUACGGCAAAUUGAAAGCUCCCAAAGAGGAAGUGAAGCACCGCAUCUUGAAGUUAGGCGGUCUCGUCGUCAGCAAACUCACAGACACUUUGGCCGCCGUCGUCAGCACCAAGAACGAUGUGGAGAGGAUGCCUAGCAAGAUGCUGGAUAUACAGGAACAAGAUGUAGAGGUUGUUGAUGAAUCAUUCUUGGAUUUGAUUGAUCCUAAAGAAGGCAGUGUCACCAAAACACUUGAGCUUAUAAAAGAAAACAACAUUGCUGGAUGGGGAUCUGACCCAACAAAACGCGUACCGCAAGACGUCAUAGACGGAAAGUCGAUACAAAAAUCUGGUAGUCAGUAUACAAAAUCAAAAUCUGCAAUCCAGAAACUUAAAAUACGAGGUGGUACCGCAGUGGACCCUGACUCGGGAGUGGCGGACAUCGCCCACGUGUACCAAGCGCCGGACCGCACCAAGUACACCACAGUGCUGUCUAAGACCGACGUGGUCGCGGGGAAGAACUCCUACUAUAAGCUGCAAGUGCUAAAGGCCAAUACACAAAACAAGUUUUGGCUGUUCAGAUCUUGGGGAAGAAUUGGCACUCCCAUCGGUGGAAAUAAACUUGAGGAUUGCAGCACCCUGGACAUGGCCAUCAAGAAAUUCGAGGACUUAUACAUGGAGCGCACACAAAACCCAUGGGAAAUGAGGGAUGACUUUGUAAAGUUCCCAGAGGCGUACUAUCCCAUCGACGUGGACUAUGGCGACGAGCCGACUGCCAACAUGGCCAUCGACGAGAGCUGCAAGCUCGCCAUGCCCAUACAGAAGCUCCUAACGAGGAUCUUUGAUAUCGACACCAUGAAAAAAACGCUUCUAGAAUUUGAGCUUGACACUGAGAAGAUGCCUCUGGGAAAACUGUCCAAGAAGCAAAUAAAAGCUGGAUACAAUGUGCUGUCAGAAUUACUCCAACAUCUGGAAAAAGGGAAAAUAAAUGAGAACAAAAUCAUUGACGCCACAAACAGGUUCUACACGUUGGUGCCACACAACUUUGGCACAGAUAACCCUCCGCUACUAAAUAAUGCUGAUACCAUUAAAAAUAAAACUGAAAUGCUGAACAACUUGUUGGAAAUUGAAAUUGCUUACAGUCUUCUUAAAUCAGAUAACGAAGAAGAUGUCAGUCCAAUCGAAGCGCACUACCGCAAACUGAAGGCGGAGAUCAGUCCGUUGGACAAGAAGUCUGACGAGUUUGCGAUGAUUGAGGAGUAUGUGAGGAACACGCACGCUGCCACACAUUCUAACUAUACGCUCAAAGUGCAAGAGGUAUUUAAGGUGGUCCGUGAAGGAGAAGAGAAGAGAUUCAAAGCAUUUAAGAAGCUUCACAACAGAAGGCUCUUGUGGCACGGCUCAAGAGUUACCAACUUUGCUGGUAUACUUUCACAAGGUUUAAGAAUUGCCCCACCGGAAGCUCCUGUGACUGGCUACAUGUUUGGCAAAGGCAUCUACUUUGCGGACAUGGUGUCCAAGUCUGCCAACUAUUGCUGCACUGACAAGAAGAACAACGUCGGCUUGCUGCUGUUGAGUGAAGUGGCUCUCGGGAACAUGAAGGAGUGCUGCCAGGCGGAGUACGUGACGCAGCUGCCGAGCGGCAAGCACUCGGUGUGGGGCAAGGGGCGCACGCAGCCCGACCCCGCGCAGAGCCGCACCAUCGCCGGCGACGUGGUGGUGCCGCUCGGCAAGCCCGUCACCGCGCCCGCCAACACGUCGCUGCUCUACAACGAAUUCAUCGUGUACGACGUUGCACAAGUGAACGUGAAAUACUUAAUACAGAUGCAGUUUAACUAUACAUACUAAGAGACCUGCUACAUUAUUUUGUUUAAGCAUUUGUUUCCAGUUGUCUUAUUGUUAGUCAUUGAAUAUUGAUUAUUUUUGUAAUUCCAUUAGUAUUGUGAUAAUAAAUGUUAACAUUACUCAUUUUAAUUGUAUCUGUGAUUUGUUUUUAAAGUAAAACUUCUUUACGCACGCUUGACUUUGGUGAAUGCGUUGCGAAAGUGUUAUCGGUCGAGGCUUUUAUGAUGCGUGCUGCCAUAGCCAUAGUGAAAGAGGUUAUUUUAAACUACCAAUAGAUGGCGUUUUUAGAGAACUUCGAAACAAUCCCUUUUUGUAUGCUUUAUGGCCUCGAGGCUUUGCCUUCUUACCCGGGUAAGUCGCGGGAGAUCUUGUUUCCCCGGUAAGCUCUUCCAACCCCUUUCGGUUUUGAGGCCUCUGGGCCUAAGGGACUUGUGUAAAGUCAAAUCCGGUGGCUCCGGCGCAGAAUAGCGAACAAUCGCAGUACGCGCGGGGCGGCGUUAAAGGCCGUAAGGCCCAGUUCGGACUACUUUAGUAUUUUAGUCGAGUACCAACGAUUUUUGGGCGGUAAAUCCAAAAAUUGUUUGUACUCGACUAAAAUACUAAAGUAGUCUGUACGGCCUAUAAGUGCCUGUGCCUGCGCCUGCAGCGAGCCACUUGGAGGAGAUCCCGAGGUAGGGGACGCCCGUUCGGUAUACUUUAUACAGUUAUGCCGUAGGCUCAUAGAAGUCGCUUUGUUUUUGAUUUUUGAAAGAAGUUUUACUUCAGUAGUGUGACCUAAAACACACUUGUUUUUUUUUCAUUUUCAUUAUCGUGUUAAGAAUGUUGCAAACAGUAAUUAUGUUGAAUCUAAUAAAGUUCAUUUGUAAUAAUAUAA